GAAUGGCCGAACGAGCACCCUAAGAAACGCAUCGGGGAAACCAGCAAACGGCGCCCGCUACAUCCGGGAGGUCAAGGAGCCGGCCCGGCCGCCACCAGUCCAAAGCUUCCGGCGGGGGGUGGGGGUGGAGCAAAGCGAAGGCGGAGUAGAGGGUUCGGCGCGUGGCUCCGCCCCCUUUCCCAGCAGCCUCGUUGGCCGAUUUCCCGGCGGCGCCUUUGCCACUCCUCGCGUCCUCCGUGAAGCUUCCGAGCCGAGAGGAGCGCUUCUGCUUCCGCGAUCCCAGCGUUCUUCUCUUCCGAGGAGGGGCUCAGACGACCGGAUCGCGACCAUGACUGAGGCCGAGGUGAACCCCAAGGCUUACCCGCUGGCAGAUGCCCAGCUCACCAAAAAGCUUCUGGACCUGGUACAGCAGUCCUGUAACUACAAGCAGCUGCGGAAGGGUGCCAAUGAAGCCACCAAGACUCUCAACAGAGGCAUCUCCGAGUUCAUCGUGAUGGCUGCCGACGCCGAGCCCUUGGAGAUCAUCCUCCAUCUGCCCCUGCUCUGUGAGGACAAGAACGUGCCCUACGUGUUCGUGCGUUCCAAGCAGGCGCUGGGCCGGGCUUGCGGCGUCUCGCGGCCGGUCAUCGCGUGCUCCGUCACCAUCAAAGAAGGCUCUCAGCUCAAGCCUCAGAUUCAGUCCGUCCAGCAGUCCAUCGAGAGACUCUUAGUCUAAUGCAGCCCCUUCGGCUGGGGGGGGGGGGGGGUCGGUGGAUUCCUUAGUUCAAGGAUGCAGGUGGCCACAGACUGUUCUCAGGUGACUUUCCAACGUUAAACGUUUUUAUUGCCGUUUGGUCA